ACGGCCUUAACCCUCUCGGCCCCAGACGGGCCGAGCUGGACUGGGCGGGAACUCUGCGCCCCUCUGGGCUCCCAUCAUGGCCCCCGAGAGGGGCUGACGCUUCCGUUCCCGGUGCAGGUGAGAUCCCGCCCGGAGGAAGGCGGAGGGAGGCGCGGGCCCGGGACCAGGAGGCGGAGGCGGGCCCCGAACCGAGAGGAGCGGGUCCCGGGCGGAUCCGGAGUCUGAGAGCGCGCCCGCCCGGUUCGGCAAGGACCGCGAGAUGCCGGUGCUGAAGCAAUUGGGCCCCGCGCAGCCCAAGAAGCGGCCGGAGCGCGGCGCCUUGUCCAUCUCCGCGCCGCUCGGCGACUUCCGGCACACGCUGCACGUGGGGCGCGGCGGCGACGCCUUCGGGGACACCUCGUUCCUGAGCCGCCACGGCGGCGGGCCGCCCCCUGAGCCCAGGGCGCCGCCCGCGGGGGCCCCGCGCACUGCUCCGCCGCCCGCCGUGCCGCAGGCCUCGCCGCCCGCCCUCCGUGCGCCCGCGCCCGCCGACCCGCUGCUGUCCUUCCACCUGGAUUUGGGCCCCUCCAUGCUGGACGCGGUGCUGGGCGUGAUGGACGCGGAGCGCCCGGGCGCCGCUGCCGCCAAGCCGGACGUGGACCCCGGCCCCGAGGCGCAGCACCCCCGGGCCCGCUGCCUUGCCAACGCGGACCUCGAGCCGGACGACGUCAUCGGCCUGUAGGCACCCCCAUUCCCUGCGCUCUUACCGCCCAGCGCCCCACUUCUUUCUACA